AUGGAUACACGAUCUCGCAUAAGUGGACCUUAUACUGAGGCAACAGCUGAAUAUAUUCGAAAUGGUGGUCGAUAUGCAUUGGCUACGGCUGUUCUUGACUGUAUCGUGCUUGUAUUUACUAUUGUUGUAGCUUUUCUUCUUCGAGCAUCGGACAUAUUUCCUGUUCGACAACAACGAUUUUUAUGUGAUGAUGCUCGUUAUUAUCAAUCUUAUGAAGAUGCUAAUACAGAAAGAAAUUAUAUUAUACUUUCAAAUCUUACUCUUUAUAUUCUAUGUUUAUUUAUACCAAUUAUUGUAAUUUCAAUAAUUGAACUUGUUCGUUCGUUUACUACCUAUAAUUCUUAUCGAGCUCGUUUUUCUGUUCGAUUUAAAGAAUGUCUUGUUCGAUCAUUAGCUCGUAUUCUUAAAUAUUCUUCUGUGUUUAUUUUUGGUGCAUUAUCAACAACUGUUCUUACUGAUAUUUUAAAAAUAAUGUCUGGUCGUUUAAGACCUUACUUUUUAACUUUAUGUAAUCCAGAUCAAAAAUCAUGUAAUGGAAUGGGUUUAACUGAUGCUGAAUUUGUAUGUCUAUCGAAAAAUAUGACUGGAUUAUUACGAGAAGCUCGACUUUCAUUUCCAUCAUUACAUGCUUCAUUGUCAAUGUAUAGUGCUGUAUUUCUUGCUAUUUAUUUGCAUCGAGGCAUUCGCAUUGAACGUGUUCGAAUUGUUAAACCAUUUCUUAUUUUGUCAAUUAUUACAUUAUCGAUAGUAGCCGGUGGUGUACGAUUAGCAAGUAAUAAAAAUCAUUGGGAAGAUGUAGCAGUUGGAUUUGGAUUAGGAGCAAUGAUUGCAAUAUAUUUAAUGAAAACUCUUCAUUCACCAAAAUCAUGUGUUGGAUCACCAGUAGCACGUGUAGGCAAUUAUGAUGAUUAUCAAAGUUAUGUUGAAGAUCAUACUCAAUAUAAUAAAGAAAUGGAUGCAACUUAUGCUCCUGGUAUGGAUGCUGUUUAUCAAACAACUGGACAAAGUGUUAGUGGUCCUGAACAAUUUUCAUUACAACCGAGUGCAUCUCAAGGCCAUAUAGCUGGUGGUUUUGCUCGUCAUCGAUAUGAUCUUAGAACUCAAAUGCAACAACAAGCAGCAGCUGCUCGUGCUGCUCAACAACAAUCAACAGAUAAAAUGAGUAAUUCAAUAAAUCGUAGUGAAGUAACAGGUGGUGUUGUACAACAUAUUGUUCAUCAAAUUCAACAUCAACCACCAACAUCAUCAAGUAGUCAACGUCCAAGCACAUCAAUGAGUGCACUAAGAUAA